ACCAUCAGACAGAAGUCAGCAGACCUGACAAGAGGCACCAAGAGAUCUGAAAAAUAUAUCUGCUUACCAACUAAACCACUUCAACCCUCCUAAGAUGAAGACAUUCAGUGUUGCAGUUGCAGUGGCCGUCGUGCUCGCCUUCAUUUGCACUCAGGAGAGCUCUGCCUUACCCGUCACUGGAGUAGAAGAGCUGGUGGAGUUAGUGAGCAGUGAUGAUCCAGUUGCUGAUCAUCAAGAGUUGCCAGUAGAAUUGGGGGAGAGGCUGCUAAACAUCAGGAAGAAGCGUGCACCUGCUAAAUGCACUCCUUACUGCUACCCGACUCGUGACGGUGUCUUCUGCGGAGUCCGCUGUGACUUCUAAUGAUUUCUGCCCCAGGAUUAGACUUCCACAACCCCCACUAAAUAUUUACUUGUUACACAUUUUCUCUAACAGCAAUUUUACCAUUUUAGUUGUACUUGUGGCUCCUGUAAAUGUGAGGAUGUGACUGCAUUUGGUCAUGCUGUCAUUCAUAUAUGCUCAGUGAUGUGACUGCAUCAUUAAAUGUCUGCACUAGUGUAAUUUUCAUUCUCACAUACUGUGUGAACAUAUUCUUUUUACAAUGAUAACAUUAACACGAUGUAUGUUUGCUCUUAAAACGUGGUGUCAGUUAUGAAAGUGAAUUUAUCUUUUAACUGAGUCAAAUUAAUCUUCCAGCUUAAGCAUUUAUUUUACACAUAAAACAGAAAACCGCAUCACAAGGGACCAUGGACCUGUGUAAACUAGGGGUAGGAAUCACCAAAGGAUCUACAAUAUGAUAUUAUCACGAUACUUAAGUCACAAUACAGUAUUAUCUCAAUUUUAGAAAUGUUGUGAUAUGCUGAGUAUUACAAUAAAAAAAUACUGCAAUA